AUGUCCCAGCAACACACUCUGCCAGUGACUCUGCCUCCCUCACUCUGUCAGGAGCCCCUCAAGCCAGUUUGCCCUCCCAUCAAUACCCAGCCCGAGCAAGUGAAACAGCCAACCCCACUGCCUGCCCUGUGCCAGAAGAUUCCCUCUAAGUUCCCAGGGGAGGUCCCCCAGGAACAUGGGGAACAUGGGGAGGUCCCCCAGGAGCAAGGGGAGAAUCAUACAACUCUCGUGAAGGGGGUGACUGAGCAACAAUGUGAGCCACAGCAGCAGGAACAUCAUCUGGAACAGCAACAGCAGCAACAGCAAGACUCACAGCAGCAGGAACAGCAUCCAGAACAGCAGCAGCAACAGCAGGACUCACAGGAGCAGGAACUUCACCUGGAACAGCAUCUGGAACAGAAGCAGCAGCAGCAGCAAGAGUCACAUGAGCAGGAACUUUGCCUGGAACAGCAUCCAGAACAGCAGCAGCAGCAGCAGCAAAAGUCACAGGAGCAGGAACUUUGCCUGGAACAGCAUCUGGAAAAGAACCAGCAGCAACAAGAGCCACAGGAGCAGGAACUGCACCUGGAACAGCAUCUGGAACAGCAGCAGCAAGAGUCACAGGAGCAGGAACUUCACCUGGAACAACAUCUGGAACAGAAGCAGCAGCAGCAAGAGCCACAGGAGCAAGAAAUUCACCUGGAGCAGCAUCUGGAACAGCAGCAGCAGAAAGAGUCACAGGAGCAGGAACUGCACCUGGAACAGCAUCUGGAACAGCAGAAGGAGCAGGAAAUACAGCAGCAGCAACAAAAGGAACAGUGUGAGGAACAUCAGGAAGCAAAAAACCUGGAGCAGCAGCUGGAGCAGGAGAAAGCACAAAGGAAGCAGCAGCAAAAGGAACAGCUGGGACAGGAGAAGAAGAUCAUGGGCCAGCAACUGGAUGGAGAUCUAGCAAAGAGAAAUGAGCACCUGGAAAAGAGAGAAGAGCAGCAGCCAGAGCCAGCAGAGCAGCAGGAAGGCCAACUGACGCAGCCUGCAUUUGUCCCAGCUCCUGGCCAGGUCCAAGAGCCCCUACUAGUCCAUCCACUGAGGGGAGAAGUCAUGCCCCUCAUAGACCAACAGCAGCAGAAGCAGGAGGUAUAUGGCCCCCCAAAAUAUAAGUAA